GGUUGUACGAUAUACGCUUUCGGAGUGGGUCAGUUUGGGCUGGUGUCCAUCGUGACUCUUUCAGCAAUAGCAGUCGAGAGAUAUCUAGUGAUCACUGCGAAACCGUUGUCAGGCUCUUGGAAACUAACACGACAUGGUGCCACCAAAGUAUGCAUGUUUGUAUGGAUAUACUGCUUAUCGAUCACUUUACCUCCAAUUUUCGGCUGGUCCAAAUACGUCCUGGAAGGGUUCGAAACAUCGUGUUCGUGGGAUUACAUGACCAAAACGUACUCCAACCGUUUGUUCUAUAUUUACAUGUUGAGCCUUGGAUUUAUUUUACCGGUAUCGAUCAUCACGUACUGUUAUAUAUUCAUCAUUGUGUCGAUACUCGAUCACAAUAAAGAAAUGGCCGAUUGCAACAGUAACAUUAGACAACUAGGAACGAAGGAAAGUUUGAAAUGUAGAUUGUCUUUAAACGUACCCAAACAAGGUCAAGCGGUUCCUAUUCGAUCCGCACUGAGAACUUCUUAUAUUAUUUUAGUUCUAAUUGGCUUGUUUAUGAUGUCGUGGACACCUUAUGCUGUAGUCACAUUUUUUGGUCAGUUCGGAGCCGACGAUAUGAAGAUAGAACCAUGGGUUUCUGCUCUUCCAGCACUUUGUGCCAAAGCAUCCGUUGUGUAUAACCCCAUAGUGUACGGUCUUUCGCAUCCUCAUUUCCGGUCAUCCGUCUGCAACUACAUAUCAGGUUGUACUACAGUGGGCCACAGUCAUACGGAGAUCUGUACGCCGGGACGUAACAAUCGGUUGUCCACGAACAAAUGUCUAAACCGUUUCGCAUUGCUCGCACAUCGCAAUCAAAACCGAGCAAAUGUCGAAUUGAAAUGCGUUCGUCACCGGAAAGCUCGGCCGAAUUCAAAUUCCAUUUGCAUGGACUAUUACAGCGAACCCGAUUGUCGGAGUUUAACGCUGACAAUGGAACCGAACCAAGGUUCGGCGAUCAUCAAAAUCGAUAAAGUACCCUUCAAAGUAGUCAUGUCCACUAUUAAAAGUAAAAGCAUCAACGACAAAAUAAGUGCAAGUAAGAGCGAAUUUGUUUUAAUUUAAAUCAAUUGUG